AUGCGUACCUCUACGACCAUUUUCGCAUCGCUGAGUCUUUUAGCUGGCCUGGUUUCCGCCCAGGAUGUAGAGAUACAGCCGGAUUUCCAAGGAGUUAUGACUGGAGGAAUUUGUUGCGGCCCAACUCCCUGCCCAGAUCCCAGUGGACAAUGUGCCAAGGCCAAGCUGACCCCUUACUGCUGCGGUCCUUUCUUUAACAACCGAAAGAAAACAAAAAAUACCAAGGGUGGAUGUGACCCGUUUACGACCACUUUCCCUGUUGGCCGCCUCGUUAAGACCUUUCCCUCCACCUUGCAAGACUGCAGGUCCAAUGGGGUUCCUGGGUUUGUUGGAUGCGUCUGA